AUGGCUUUCAUGGUGAAGUCUAUGGUCGGUGGCCAACUGAAGAAUCUCACCGGCGGGUUGGGAGGAGAAGACAAAGGCGAAGGGGACAAAUCCCCAGCAGAAGCCCAAGGAAUGACCCGGGAAGAAUAUGAAGAGUAUCAGAAGCAGCUGAUGGAAGAAAAGAUGGAGCGUGAUGCCCAGUUUGCCCAGAAGAAGGCUGAACGUGCUACACUGCGGACUCACUUCCGGGACAAAUACAAACUGCCCAAGAACGAAAGUGAUGACAGCCAGAUCCAACUAGCCGGGGGUGACGUGGAGCUGCCUAAGGAGCUGGCCAAGAUGAUAGAGCAAGACAACGAGGAGGAAGAGGAAAAGGACUCUGUAAUCGGACAGCUGACCAACAUCCAGAACAUAGACCUAGAUUCCUUGAAGGACAAAGCCCAAGCCACCAUAGAUGAUCUGAAGCAGUCUGCUGAGAAAUGCACCAUCAUGUGA